GAUUUUGGAUAAUAAAAAAGAUGAAUCCUUUUCAUACUCACACUCCGAUUCUCAUUUCCUGAUUUCUCUCUCCGUUUUCCCCCCAUUUGAUCAUUUCCCCUUUUCCCAUCGUUUAGGUUUUUAUCUUUUCUUCUAUCAUCGCCCACAAAACCAACAAAAAUAAAUUCAUUAUGGGUGGAGGAGCGGCGAUGAGAGCGGCCGCGAAAGCUGCCGGAGCGGGUAUUCUCAACAAUGGCCUCCGUAUUGUCGUUCCCGAUUACUCUGCCUCUUCUGCUUCGCGUAAAGUUAUUCAGCUUCAGUCUAUGUCUGUCUCCACGUCGGCGAACGCCGUCAAGACGGAUAUUUCCGAUCCCGACACGGUGCCUGUGCAUCGGCCGUGUUGGGAAUUCGAGGACUGGGAAUUGGCCGGCGGCGAUGAGGAAUUAUCCGGCCUUACUCAAGAAGGGUUUUCCAGGCUUGUCUUUGGCGCUGCCCCGUCGCUUGAUGAAGCCCAAGAGGCCACUUCCGAACUCAAAGACGUUCUUGACAAGGCUUAUCUGUCUUCUCCUGUGUCACCACGCUCGUGGCAUUCACAAUCAGAGGUAUCAGAUACCAAACCAUUGCGGAGCAGUGAGAAGGUUCUUGCUGCAUCCUCUCCAAAGCAUGCAAUGGAAGCAUUCAAGUUUUUGAAUGAAAGCCCUGCUGUUCAGAAUGUUGUUGCUUCAAUUGCAUGCGAUCCGAAUGUGUGGAAUGCAGUGCUGCUUAAUCCUACUCUUCAGGAGUAUAUACAGUCACAAAAUAUUGGUGCUUUUGGCGUUGAUCAAUGUGAAAAUGAGUUGACCGGAACUGAUAUUCUUUCCCCAAGAUCUCAUCAGAGGCAUGAUGGUGCUGAUGACCCUGGGGAAUCCAAUCCCUCAAUUGGGAUUGUUGAUUACUUGCGGGAACUUAAACUUACCGUGGUUGACAUGCUGAGCAACUUGGGUGACUACUUCCAGAUUCUGUUUGGUGGAUAUGAUGGCGAAAAUAAUAGUAAAGGCACAAUGUCCAGUUUUGUCGACAAGGCUCUAGGACCUUCAUUACUUGGCUUGGCCAUAAUGGUUAUACUGGUGGUUGUGCUGAAGAGAGCUCACUGAUAUUUAUUUAUUCGACGAAGCUACGGUUACAUUUCACAGAGCUUAUGGAGAGGAUGUCCAAGAUAGCAUCGAAGUUGCUUGUGUAGAUGGUUGUGAAAACUUCUCGUUUCUUUCGAGUUUCUAUACAUCACUUUGGGUCUUAUCAUUUGUCAUCUUCUUGAAUAAAUACAGAGUAAUUUAUUUGUUUCGUUGGAAACUUUUUGUAAUGCUUAGUGAAAAUGGUUGAUGUUUCAUAAAUAAAUAGCACAGUUCAUUAUUUUACUACUUGCUGCAGAAAUGCCACACUGGUUAAUUUAGAGCACC